CUUGAGUCUAUCUUAGACCCUCUCAGUAUGUCUUACGUGAUGUCACCGAGGUAACAUAUACCAAACCUGCAUGAGGAAAGAGAAUGGAUAUCAUGCAGUCCUUGUUACGUCUUGGGUCGUGCUUGUUGUGUUGUUCUUGUUCUGUCUUGGUCGUUCUUCCUUCUUGUGCUUACUUACGUAGUUAGUUAAGUAAGACGCUGACGCUGCGGAACUGGAUCAGAAGAUUUCGGAUUUCAGUGGGGAUUUGGAUCAGGUUUCACAAUGGAUCACAGCAAGACGUUGUACUGCAUAGAAUUCCAUGCUUUUUUCCUUCUGUAUGAAAAGAUAAAGAUGAAGACCUUCAAAAAUAUUCCGCCGUCUUGGUGUGUUGUUUCUAGUGCGAACAGCAUACUCCAAGAUUUUAUGCACGACUGUUGCGGAAAACCAUAAAAUGGAGUUUUUGCUGCCACGCGGAUGCUGCACAUGCUUGCGCGAGUCGAGGAC